CAGAAAUCGAAGACAGGAAGAUGGCUGACGGUGGAACAGUUUGAGUUGCAGGGGCUGUCUUCUUUGAAAUCAUUAUAUUAUCAUAAAAUUUCUAAAUAUGAACGUUGCUGAGGUUCAGGGGGACACUUUAGGGUAAGCAUUACCGCAACUUUUCCGCGAAAGUAUGCUUUUUCUUUCACGAUCAUCGGCUGACAGCAUUUUCAUUAAAAUAAUUUUUAAUGAUAAUGCCGCCUGUUUCAGGCCCCGGGAAAGGUCAGUUCUCUGGACUUUAUUGAAGUUUACACUGGCCAUGAUUUUGUUACCAAUUUCCAGCUUUUUCCUCACCAAAUCAUUUGUGUUUGAAGGUUAGUUUAUUGUCUUUUAAAUGCUUAACUGUGAUUAAUUAUGGAAAAACCUAAACAGUAACAAGAGCAAAGAAUUGGAGUUCCUUCUUUGGAAAUCAGGCUUUGUUCAUCACACAGCACUGGAAAAGUUUUUGACUGGUUGAGAAUUGGAGUAUUUAGUUGUUCGGUUCACUUGGAACCACCUUAAUCAAGCAAGAAGUUAGAUGUCUAGCUGUUCAAAAGUUCUAGGUGUCCGUGAUCAUCACCCAGGGAUGUAACUUAAAUUUAUAACAAACGGGAAAUGACAUUUGAUGGGCGGAUAAUAUGAAAAGAAAACAGUUGCCUUUUUAAAGACUGCAAUUUUUGUAAGCCAGGAAAAAUGCGUUAACAGCGGGGUAUUUUCCCUAGCUUUCGGCUAUUAUCUACAUCCCUGCUGAUGGCCACAAACUGUCCUAAUUUUUUCACUGAGUGGGCAUACCCUCAAGGGGUAAGGGUGAGUGGUACCAGGGGCGGAUCUAGGGGGAGGGUGCAGGGGGUGCACACCCCCCCCCCCCCUGAGAUGACCUGCGGUUUUUUAAUACAACUGGUAUUCUGCAAAAAAAAAAAAACUCUGUGGUUUAUUGGUGUUGAAGUAGAGCAAGAGACGAGUGCACCCCCUCCUAAAAAAAAUCCUGGAUCUGCCCCUGGGUACUCAUACAGGACAAGCCUGUGGAGUAACCCAAGUAACAGGAGAGAGUAGAGGUGGACAUUUUAAAAGUCCUUGAGAAUGUUUUAUUUCUAUCGAUUUGCAGAUUUGCUGGGUUAUUCAAAUGGAUCUAUUGGAGCAGCAACAAUAACAGUCAUAGUUGUUCAUGUUAUAGUUGGCUUAUACAUCUGGGUUGCUAUCAAUGAAGAAAGUCAGCCAAGGCCAAUGAAACAGGAUUAAAAUAAGGGAAGGACAAUAUGUGGAUUAUCAAAGAUCUGGUAAAGAGCUAAGAUUUUGGAGACAGUGAAUGGAGAACACUGUAGUUACAAAACUCAGUAGAUGCUUCUUAAUGAAAACAUUGUAUCGGCAGCCUUUUUUAGAGACAUUUUCUGGAUUAAUGAUAUAUCUCUAAAGAAAUUGCUCAAAUGAAAGAAAUGAAUUGCUAAAUGUCCUUUAUUAACAGGGAAAAAGGAAUGUUGUCAUAGAUUGCCUGAGAUAGUGAGAUUAUUUACACCUAGAUCUAUUUCAUAGGACCUUAAUUAUUAAUUUUGUGCUGGUCUCUCAGAGACUUUUUACUGUUUCUGGUGAAAAGUAGUGAUGCUUAUCAGCUAUCGAAAAAAACGCUGUAGUGGUUCAGUGAGUUAGAGGAAUAAUCAGUCAAAUUUUUUUCCAGUUGUAGUCAGGAUAUAAACAAGAGUAGCAGGCACAAGGAACUAAAUUUGUGUGGCUUUUAUCUAACAUUAUUAAACCUAAAUAUUGAGUAGGCAGCAAAUAUUCCACUGAAAGUGGCAAAAUUGCCGGCCGCUGGCUCAUUUUGAAAGGUCUGUAAUUCGCCAGCUAUGUGCAUGACUGUAUUAAAGGAGCUGUGUCACGAAAUUCAGCCAAAUUAGGAAAUCACAAAAUGCCCGUUAAAUUAAGAGAAACAUAAAAAUAACCGCUUAAAACUUUAAAGGAAGGUUAAAAUAACACAACAGAAACAACAGAUGUCUCAGAUGGGCAAAACUGAAAAAGAUUGAAACGGAUUGAAAUUAGGGUUUUUGAAAACUGUUCAGCCUAACAGUUUUUCAAAGUUGACCCCUGCUGCUUGAAACUUCAAAAAUAAUGCUCGGGAGACAUAUUUGUUUGUCUCAAAUCUCUGAUUUUGUCAUUUACAUGCAAUUUCUUUGCUCACUUUAAGUUCCAUAUCGAUUGAGGGCGAGUAAUUGGCAAAAUUAAACAAAAUGAACUGGACUGCCAUGACACAGCCCCUUUAAGUAUCUUUUACUUUUUGCCCUUGUAACUUGUCGCUGCCUUCUUCCAUUAUGAUUGCCAUGUUUUGCUUUAAUUAAACUCAACUAAAGUCAAUGAUAAUUGAGUCCAUGAAAGACAAAAUGACAUAUUUCUUUUUAUUCCUUGUCAUCAAUAAUAUUUCUAUGUUAUUUGUACAUUAUAUAUUUUAGAUUGUCCUUUCUACAUACAAAAACCCAAUAGUAUUACAGACCCAUUUCUUGAACUUUAAUAUUAUUAAUAAUCAAUAAAAUUAAUAAUCAGUCAUCUGUAUUAGCAUGCCCCUCCUUCAUGAUGUUUUUUUUUCUUUUUUUUUUCUUUUAGAUACUAGUGAGGGAAAUGUUCUUUAUUUAUUCUCUUAUAUUGAUUUUGAAGCAGUGUUUAAUACGUUAAGAAGAAAGUAUAUGCCGUUCACACUUUUUUGGAAAGGAUGUGUGUUUUCAAGUCGGACAAACCAAAAAUGUUGUUUGGGCAUACAACUCGUUGACUUUAAGUACUAUGAAUUCUUCAGGUUCAAAGUGAAAGCCAUUGGCAUUAUUUUGAUCUGUGUGUGUUAUAUUGUCUGACCACAGGAAGGAUUUUAGUCAGAUAUUGUCCAAUGACUCAUUGUUAUUUGCCACUUUGGGUUAAUAUCUUGAUGCUGAGGUCUUUAUUUACACAGGUCUGUUGACUAGUAGAGGAGUUCUUGGGUUUUCACCAUCUCCAUCACCUUCUGGUGUGAAUUGACUGAUCCCUCCAAACUGAAAAUCAAUAAUAAAAGAUCAGUAUUAUCAGUAAGACUACAGUCAACCUGUUUCUCUUUAUUUAGAUGGACACCACUAGGAUCAAUACUUAGUGUCUGUCUUAGUGAGGUGACUGCUUAAUUCUAGAGAAUCAAAGGAACCACCUUUUUCUGCUUAAUUCCAGAGAAUCAAAGAAAAUAGCUUCUGAACCAACUUCAGGGAUUGUUUACAUUCACAUACAAAUUCUC